CCGCCUCCGCGCACCUCGCCUGGUACCCCAGCUCGGAGUGCCCUGGAGCCUGCAUCUUUGGGUGCCCUGGAGUACCUAGUGUUGAGGUCUCCGUGUCCCCGGUCACGUAUGUGGAUCUUGGAGAGUUCAGGGUCUACCUCAGCGAUUGUCAGCCUUCCUUACGCUGACAGUUCCUCAGUGGUAACCCCAAGCAUAAAAUUAUUUUUGUUACUACUUCAUGUCUGUAAUCUUGCUACUUUUAUGAAUCGUAAUGAGGAACUUCCCGAUGCGUACAGUGCCUGGACCCGUAUUGCUAGAAAUCUGCCCAUGCUCAUUCAGAACGGGCAGCUUCGGGAAGAAGCUGAGAAGCUGCCGCUGCUACGCACUGACGAGCUCAGAGGGCACAGGCUACAGCGCCUGGCGCACUUGGCCCUGGGGUGCAUCACCAUGGCAUACGUGUGGAACCGAGGGGGUGACGAUACCCGAAAGGUGCUGCCCAGCAAUAUCGCUGUUCCCUACUGCGAACUGUCUGAGAAGCUGGGGCUGCCUCCCGUUCUGUCUUACGCAGACUGCGUCCUGGCAAACUGGAAAAAGAAGGACCCCAAUGGGCCCAUGACAUAUGAGAACAUGGACAUUCUGUUCUCAUUUCCCGGUGGGGACUGCAGCAAAGGCUUCUUCCUCGUCUCUCUGUUGGUGGAAAUCGCAGCUUCUCCUGCAAUCCAAGCAAUCCCCGCUGUAUCCAAUGCAGUAACGCACGAAGACCUGAAAGCGCUGGAAAAGGCACUGAGUCACAUAGCUACCAGUCUGGGGAACGCCAAGGAGUUUUUUAAGAGGAUGCGAGACUAUGUGGACCCAGACCAGUUUUUCCAUGUCCUUCGCAUAUAUUUGUCUGGCUGGAAAGGCAAUCCCAAGCUGUCAGAGGGUCUGCUGUAUGAGGGUGUCUGGGACACCCCCAGAAAGUUUUCAGGGGGCAGCGCAGGCCAGAGCAGCAUCUUUCAGUGUCUUGAUGUCCUUCUGGGAAUAAAACACAAAACUGGUGAAGGAUCUCCUGCAGAAUUCCUCCAGGAAAUGAGAGAGUACAUGCCUCCGGACCACCGUGAAUUCCUCUGCUCCCUGGAGUCGGGCCCCUCAGUCCGUGAAUUUGUCAUUUCAACAGGAGAUAAAGACUUGAAGAACGUAUAUAAUGAGUGUGUGAAUGGCCUGGUCUCUGUGAGAAAAUUCCAUCUCGGAAUAGUAGAUACGUAUAUCAUGAGACCUUCCAAGCAGCAGCCCAAAGAAGGCUGUAAGUCAGAGGAACCCUCAAACACGGAAAACAGAGGGACUGGGGGUACUGAUGUCAUGAAUUUCCUGAAGAGUGUGAAAGAUACAACUGAGAAAGCCCUUCUGAGUUGAGCUUAGUGCAGCAAGGGUGCAGGUGCACAGAAAUCUGCCUAUGUCCUGUCAUAGCUCAUUGAAUCAGACCCACUGGGUAGGAACAUGAAGUGAUUUACCAGUAAUACACUGUAUAGAUUUUAAAAUAAUCUGUGCAUUCCCUGUAGGAAAAUAACAAAAGCGAACUAUUUAAUAUUACUUUUAAAUGAUAAGAAAUGCUCUAAAUUAGAUUAAUGAUUAAAAUAUAAUAAUGAAACUCAAUAAAUAGAAAUUGCAUCAGCCUUGUGUCCUUUGUAGCUGUUACUGAAGAUUCCUCUGAAUGAUAUCUACUUUCCAUGGCCAAGUCCUAUACUUCCAAAGUGUGAAAAACUCUGUACUUUUUCAUUGUUACCUUCUGGUUAGUCUGUAUUCUUGUCACAGAGUAAGCUAUGGCUGUCAGACUGUUGUUAACCAGUGUGUGGGUUCAUUAGUCAGGGCUGAGAAGAAGGAAGAGCUCACGUUUUGUUGUGGUUUGAAUGAAGAAUGUCCCCCAUAGGUUCACAUAUCUGAACACUGGCUCCCUGGGUGCCAUUUGGAGUGGUUAUGGCUUUUAGGAGGCACAGCCUUGCUGUCUGACAUGGGAUUUGAAGGUUUAUAGACUUAUCUCACUUUCAGCUGACACUCUCUGCUGCCAUGUGGCUAAAUAUGUGACCAUCCAGCUUCCUGCUUUGGCUUCCUGCUUUAAUGCCUUCCAAAUUAUUACUGAUACCCUCUCUGGAACCACAAGCCAAAAUGAACUUUUUUUUUCUUCCUGUACAUUGCUUUCGGUCAUUUCAUCUGCAUUUCAUCACAGAUCCCGAAAAGUACCUAAUA